AUGACCCUCAACGACUUCAUCCACCCGCCACCCUCCAUCCCCAACGUCAUCCUCUCCUUUCCACGCUUUCACAUCCUCCUCGUCACCCUCAACCGCCCCAAGCAGCUCAACGCCGUUCCGCGGGACCUGCACACGCGGCUCGACGCCCUCUGGGCGUGGUACGACGCCGAGCCCGUCCUCCGCUGUGCUGUUCUCACCGGCCGCGGACGAGCCUUCUCCGCAGGUGCUGACCUCAAGGAGUGGAACGAGGGGCUCGAAAAAAACACCCCCGGCGGCGCCGACCGCGACCCGACCUCGGCAUGGGCAGACAGCGGUUUCGGCGGUCUCAGCAACCGCAGGGGAAAGAAGCCCAUCGUCGCCGCCGUGAACGGCCUCUGCCUCGGCGGCGCAAUGGAGAUGAUCCUCAAUGUGGACAUGGUCAUCUCGGCGCCCGACGCCAAGUUUGGCCUUCCCGAGGUCACCAGAGGCGUCGUUGCCGUCGCCGGCGCGCUGCCCCGACUGACGAGGAUUGUGGGCAGACAGAGGGCGUCCGAGAUGGCGCUUCUGGGCGGGAUGCAUUCAGCACAAAAGCUGCGUGAGUGGGGGAUCGUCAACAAGGUCGUCAAGGCAAAGGGGGAGCAUGCCGUUGUUGAAGAGGCGCUGAGGUGGGCGACAGACGUGGCGUGCAAUUCGCCCGACUCCGUCAUUGUCAGUCGGGAGGGCUUGCUGGGCGGCUGGGACGCGGAGGACCCAAGGGCGAGCACCGAGAGGGUCGAUCGGGGGAUAUAUCAGAGAAUGUAUGGCGGCGAGAAUAUGAGGGAGGGCGUGUUGAGUUUUGUCGAGAGGAGGAAGGCGGAGUGGAAGGACAGCAGGCUGUGA